CUGAGCAAUCGAAGGUUCAAGUACUUGUAAUAUUUUAAUUAAAUUGAUCAUAGAUUAAGUCUAUCCAUUCAUAAACCGUUUAAAGAGUCUCAAGUGUUAGGCAUUUAAAAAUUCAAAUUAGCAAGUCUCGUCUCGCCCGUGACUUCCGUUGCUACGGGUGUGCGUACGAGAAAGCAAGCUGAUUCUGAAGAUGAGAAGUAUUUACAAGUAAUAGUGAUCAACGGAUUUUGUCUUUUUUAAACAAACAUUAUGGCCGUGUUGUGAUCCCUGAAAAGAGAUGGUGGACUUUCAGUCUCGGUACCGUCUGUACGGUCACGGGUAUACCUCCCCAGAACUAAAAUACCCGGUCUCCACUUACAAAGAACUUUACCAUAACAAGGCGCCCACCAUAUUUUCUAGGAGACCAAGAGCCCAUGACUGCCGACAAGAGGCCAUGAAAGACCUGGUUGAUUCCCGGGAGUGGGAGACUUGGCUUCUGUCCCAGGGACUCAAAGAGACAAUCCGAAGUGCCACCUCCCUUAAUCUGAAGGUCAAAGAGACUUACUCAGACGGGACCAAAAAACCCGAAAAGUUGCUGUUCAAUGUCGGACUCCGUGGCCAUGGAGAUGGGGUCUUUAACUUCCCGCGGAGCGUGGUAACUACACGUGAUGGCGAUAUUAUAGUGGUAGACACCAUGAAUCAUCGAUUACAGAUUUUCAACUCUUUUGGUGUGUUUAUUGGGAAAAUCGGGAAAAGAGGAGUCGGUAAACUUCAAUUUUCGGAGCCAACAGACGUGGCGGAAAUGCCGAACGGAGACCUGGCGGUGGCCGACAAACGAAACAAAAGAGUUCAGGUCGUCACUCAGGGCGGACAGUUCAGGAGUGUGUUCGAAACGGUCGAUGAACCUUACAGUAUUGCAUGUGACUACAGUGGUCACGUGAUUGUGUCAUCAACACGCAGAACCUUAGAGGUAUAUAAAAAGGGAGGGAAACUGAUUCAUCGAUUUUCUAUUCCAGGGAUUUCUCGUGAUAGCUUUGGAUGCAAAAUAUGUGUUAAUAACAGACAAGAAAUCAUAGUAUGUGAUGCUGUAAACUCGACGAUAAAAUUUUUCACCUACGAAGGUAGAUACAUUUCUAAAUUUUCACCCCGUUCUCAUGGUGAAGGAUUGACAAUGAUUCCAUCUGGAAUCGCUAUAAAUAGAAUGGGGGAGAUCCUUGUGGCCGACUCUCUGAACCACACUGUAAACGUGUACAAUGAUCGGGGAUCCCUCAUCAAACAAGCCAUCUGUCCCACGGAUCAAGCGGGAUGCGUGCAGGCAUGCGCAGUGGGACCAGAGGGACACCUAGUGACCACAGAGUUUAGUCUAUCUGGUCCACAUUCUUUGAAGAUCUUUCGGUAUCGUCCAUGUCACUGCCACAUAACUAGACCAGGAUCUAGCAAACGACGCACACCUACCCCACAAUCAUUCAGAUAACAAACUGUAAAAUUAGAUUAAUUUAAGUACUAAGAUGACUGACAAAGAUGUAUUGUAAAACUGGAUCCCGCCACUGUUCACUUGCAGAUUUGAAGCUGUUUCCUGAACAAUGGACUCAUGAUAUCUUAAAUAUGCUGUAUCAUCUGUGAUAAUUUUAAUUUUAUAUAAUGUAUAC